AUGUUGGCUUGUCGUUUGUCGUUUAAGAACCAGCUUGAAUGUCCUGAUAGCGUAUCGAAGAUCGACCAGUCACUACAGAAAAUUCUGCCAGAGAGUUUCAGAGAUAUUCUUGAAACUUCAUCGGAUGAUGAGGAAAAUUCCAUUCGACCAGUUCUUUCGCAGGCUACAUUUCCUCCCACCGCAAUUUGUCUUCCUGAUUUUUCUGAGGCACGUAAUUCUAGUCCGGGGUCCGCCAAGAAGACCGCGAAAUCUUUGGGACAGGACAGCAUAGUAGAUAUUUUGACCGAUGGCGAGUACGGUGCCAAAGUUGUAGAGGCAAGGCCCAAACGAAAACGCACCAUGCUCAAAUCAAGUGGCAUAAUCGAGUCAGGAGAAUCCGGAAGCGAAAACACUUCCAGCAGUGACAAAGAUUGGAACGACAGACAUCUUUCGAAGAAGAAAAAGCCGAAAGCGAGGAAUACCAGAAGGUCGUCUGCUUCCAGCGAAACUCUGUCCGAGAUGGAAAGGGAAGAAGGGGAAUUGGAUGAUGCAGUGAAAUCCAGCGAUUCCGAUUCCGAUUCGGUGAAAUUCGUUGAUGAAUAUGAUGCUAAUUUAAUGGGCGAUGAAGAAGACCGUAAAAGACUGGAAGCUAUGACGGAGAAAGAACGAGAGGAAGAGCUUUUCAGGCGUUUGGAGAGACGUGAAAUGUUAAAAACCAGAUUUGAAAUCGAGAAGAAACUGAGACGAGCCAAGCGAAAAGGCGAAAAAUCAGCCGCCAGAGAUGUCACAGCCGAAAUUGAUCUCGGGGAAAGAUCGUCGACAAAAAAGUCGCAAUCGGUGAAACUGAAAACGAAUGGUGAAUCUUCUUCAGACCGCAAAACUGCCACCGAUAAGGCAAAAGAGAGCAAACAGAGGGCAAUGCAGGAUCUUCUGGCGAAGCGCGAAGAGAAAAAGAAGCUCGCUGAACAGGAAUCAAAGAAGCCACCUCUGAAGGUCGAAGAGGUGUUUAAGUCGUCGUCAAGUGAUGUCUCUUCUACAUCCAGUUCUUCGGCAUCUGAAUCGGAAGAGUCGGAAGAAGAAGAUACCAGGCCUAAACAAAUUCAGACUAAAAUGGAGUUGGAUAAAAUUCGCAUGUCUCGUUACAAGAUGUCAAAGUGA